UUGCCCUCGUCCCCUCGCCCUCUCCUGCCAUUCCUCCUCGCCUGCCCCCGCGCGGGGCCGUCGGGCGACAUCGCCGACGCGCGCUUCAACACGAUCAGCUGGGUCAUGUCGGACUACAUCGUGAGCAUGGGCAUCGCCAAGGUGGACUCGCGGAGCGGCGAGAUCAUCAAGAGCGACAUCAUGAUGUCCGACGGCUGGGUGCAGUACUGGCUCCAGGAGCUGGACCACUAUGCCAUCAACAUGACCCACCAGAUCCACGCCCAGAGGGCGGCGGCUGCAGUGACGUCGGGGCUGGACGGUGAGGCCUGGGAGAGGGGCAGCGGCAGCAGCCGCCAGAGCCAGCGGCAGAUUCUGCGCGCCGCGCACGCCUCGGUGCGAGAGGAGCAGACGCCCAAGAAGGGGGCCCGCGCCGAGGGCUUCUCGAUGCUGUCCAUCGGGGCCAAGCGGGGGAUGACGCUCGAGGAGCAGGAAGACCUCCUCGGGCAGGGCGUCAAGGACGUGGUCAUGCACGAGGUUGGCCACAUCCUGGGGCUGCGGCACAACUUCAAGGGGAGCAUGGGCGUAAGCUACGAGUGCGUCUUUGACUACGCGUGCUCCUCGGUGCACGGCACGACGGCCUCCGUGAUGGACUACGUGCCCAUGAACAUCCCGCAGGAGGGUCAGGCGAAGAUCCACGCGUUCACGCCGGUCAUCGGGGGCUACGACAAGUUGGCCAUCCAGUACGGCUACAAGGUUGUGGAGGAGCUGCCGUGGCCGAUGCUGGCGCAGGAGCUGGUGAGCAUCCUGGAGGAGGGCUCGAAGUACGACACGUGCUACGACAACGACGAGGGCUACGAGGACCCCGCCUGCAUGGCCUACGAUUUCACCGGCGACCCUCUCAGGUACAUGGACCACCAGCUCAAGACGUACGCGGAGGCCCAGAAGGUGAUGCUGCAGAUGGCCGUGCAGCCUGGCGGCUCCACCCUGUACUACGGCAACGCCGCCACGGCGGUGCUGUCGGGUGCCAUGAGCGUCGCGUCCAUUCUGCUUGACUGGAUCGGCGGCAUCAGUAACAUGUACGCCCACCGGGCGAUGGACGGCUCCCCCCCACUGGGAGGAAGCCGAAGGCCAGUGGCGUUGUCUCAGCAGAAGAAGGCGAUCGACAUGCUUGCCCAGCUCGUGCGGCCCGACAGAAUGGGGCUCACCCCUCCAGGCAGCAGCUUGCCUUACUUUGUGUGGGGGGACCCGCAGUACGGCUACCUCCGCAGCGUCGACCUGGGCGAGAAGAUCUGUGCGAUACAGUCGUACGUGAUCAGCAACAUGCUGACCGCGGACAGGGUGCUCCAGGUGCUGGAGCAGGAGCGGCUCCUCGUCGACUACUCGGACUACCUGAGCCUGGACGAGUACUUCCGUCUCGUCGUCGACAGCCUCAUCGGGGAUGGGAUCGAGGACACGGAGCACCGGGAGUGGAACAUCCAGAGCUACACGAUCAACGCCCUGAAGGGCCUGUGGAGCGACGGCUCCCUGCCCGCGAGCGUCUCCGCGUCUGCGGGCUACUGGCUCAACCACGCCAAGGUCCUCGUGGAGGCCGCCUACGCGAGGUCCUCCGCCGCCACCGCCGCCCCGGCCUGGCGCCAGGUCGCUUCCGAGGGCCAGGCGGGCGCGUGCACGGGCUUCGUCCGGUUCGGCGCCGCGGACCAGUGGUCGAAGAUGCACCGCGCUUCUGGCAACGUGUCCUGCGUGGCGGAGGCCUUCGGCGGAGUGCAGGCGGCCUCGGGGCGGGCGUGCCACUGCCUGUCGGAGGAGGCGCACGGCGAGGGCCUCUUCCGGGAGCACCUGGCCCUGCUGCGCCGGGACCUCGCCGGGGUGCCCUGAGGCGGCGUGGGCCGCGUGCGCGUGGGCGCCCUCGCAGCGAGAGCAGGCGUGCUGGCCUCCUCCUCCUCCUCCUCCUCCUCGUCCUCGUCCUCGUCCUCGUCUUCGUCCUCGUGUCAGGAGGGAAAGAAGUUCGAAGCUCGUGAGAUGUUCUCCGCGACCGUGUCCAAGGUCCUGAGUGCCAGGGGACGGCCGUGCCUCCCGCGUCGUGGCCGCGGCUCGGAAUUCGAAGCCCGCCUCCGCAGGGACGGUCCCCAACUCGCUUGCUUUUCGCCCUGGCGCGCGUGAGCGGCCGGCGGGCGGUCGGCGCUUGCCGCCGACCUCCGUGGCGGCGUAGCCAGCGAAGGAAGAAAAGACGCCCAGGC